CAGUGACUAAAACUGUGACCUCAGAGGCGUUGGCAUCCCACCCCACGCGCCCCACUCUGGUAAUAUAAAUACCGCCUGCAGAAGAACGAAGAGCGCUCGCGACGAGUUCAGUCUGAACAGAGGAAUCCACCUACAGUUAUUUGAGAAGAUGGCUGUGAGUUCUGAAGACGGGCAUUGCAAAUACAGACUAUUUGCUUUCAUUAUGCUUUUUAACAUAUCGUUAAGUACCGCGGUCAGUCUCGAUUUAACAGAGCUGAGAAAUAAAGUUUCCAAAAUAAAAGUGCAUCCACGUGGGAAUCUCUGGGCGACAGGUCAUUUCAUGGGCAAGAAGAGCAUUUCAAACAGCCAGUUCCCGGACUCUCCGUUCUCCUCAAAGCCUCCCAGGAAUACUUUGGGAGAAUCAGGGAGUUCAGAGGAUUUGAGGGAGCUGAUCUCUCAGGAGGUGCUCAAAGUUGCUCUUCAGGCUCAGCUUGAAGAUCCAAAGAGGACUCAAGAUGUUAAUAAUCAGGAUACGGACUUCAUGGUAAAGCUUUUGAAAAACUACAUUGAAAAAAGGAACCUCUAGUGACAAUGCUGUUGAUAUAAUUGUAAUAAAAUUUUAUUUUGACAACC